AUGUCGGACUCGCUGUCUGAGAACGACAUCAGCCGAGAAGAAUGUCAGGAGGAUGACAUGACCCCGGCCGAUUUAAUCGCCAAACUGGAGGAAGCUUGGCUAAAUGAAAAGUUCUCACCGGAGUUGUUGCCCAACCAGUCAGAAGUGGUGGAGUGUGUCAUGGAGCAACUCGCACACAUGGAAGCAAACCUGCUGAGGGUGAAGAAAGGCGACGCCAAGGCCAGCAUCCACCGCAUGGAGAUUGACCGCAUCCGUUUUGUGCUGUGCAGCUACCUGCGCUCGCGCCUUUUGAAGAUUGAAAAGUUCUUUCCUCAUGUCCUUGAGAGGGAAAAGUCUCGCAGUGAUGGAGAACCGUCUCUGCUGUCACCUGAGGAGUUUGCCUUUGCCAAAGAGUAUGCUGCAAACACAGAAGGCCACAUAAAGUCUGUCGCGCUGAAUCACAUGCCCCCCAUCCUCCAAACACUUGACAUGCUCAAAGCAGUACCGACCCCCUGCCUAGACUCCUUUGUGUUCCUGAGGGUGAAGGAGAGCCAAGAAAACAUCUUAGUAGAGCCCGAAACAGACGAUCAGAGAGAAUACGUCGUGGAUCUUGAAGAGGGCUCUCAGCAUCUCAUGCGCUAUCGAACCAUAGCGCCACUUAUUUCAAGUGGAGCUGUGCAGUUGAUUUAA